CUGUAUAUAUAAUUUAAACCACUUUAUUUUUAAGACUGAAUUUAUUAUGAUUCUUGGGUGACUGUUUUUUUUCUCUCUUUUUUUUUUGUUAACAAACAACGGGAAAUAUAAAAGUUUCCUAGAAACCGUUCGAAUUGAAGUUAGGAGGCACCAGUGUGUGCUUUUUUUUCCACUGACGAUGUAUUGCAUGGUCAAUAAAUAUUCACGUGUCCCUUUGUGCGCACCUUGAUAGAUAGAAAAACCACACAGGACUCAUGCAAAAGCAGGCAGUUGAUUAUUCUCACCCUUCCUGCUAGUUUGACCCGCAUGGAGGGAAAACGUGUGGAAAAAAAGUUCACUUUGUAUUGAGCCGCUUAAAUAGAUCUAAAAACAAGUUGUUACAGGAAGGAAAAGUUUUUUGGUUAAUGCGUUUUUUCGCCUCCUCGAUAGUUACACCAUUAGUUUGAUUAAGUGCCUUGAAGCAAAUGGGAAUAAAUGAAGUAUUUUUGAAAUGGGGUGUGGAUCAAGUACCGACGUCGUAAAAGGUACUAUUUACGAACAAGAAAAAGGACUGUCGUCUAAAAAUUCAAUUCCUAAUUCACGAAGUUCACCUUUACACGACAACAACAAUACAAAGUCAGCUUUACGUCAACCCUUGGCUUUCGAAGUGCCCAUAAAUGAUGAAGAAAAGUCUAUAAUUAAGAGGCAUCCUCCAAUGAGAUUUCAGCGACUCGAGGAGCAACAGUUGCCACAGCCCGAGGUGACCUUGGAAAUGUUGCAAAAGCGACAGGCAGAUGCUGAAAUAAGAAGGCGUAGGAUAUUACUCACGAGGGUGCAAUCUGCUCAACAAUUUCAACAAAAAGUUCGCACCACAUCGUAACUCCGAACAAUACUUUCACGCUGUGUUAUUGCCAAGUUUACGAUUUAUUAUCAAGUUUUACCCAUAUAGGUAAAGCUGUUCGACGUCAUGUAAGUUUCUGUUAUAAAAUUCUUAUCUACAAUUUUAUUUUAACGGUUCUCUUUAAAAUGAUGAUGAUAAUUCGAAAAAGAAAAAUGUACAUAUUUAUAAUAUAGUUAAUAAUAAAUUUGUAAAAAUUUUGCUAUUUUUUAGCAAAACGAAAAGUAAUAAACUAUUCAAUUUUAAAAUGAAAGUAUUUAUUGUGAUUUGUGACACAGAAAAAAAUUUAAUUUGGCCUUUCUUCCAAAAAUGGAUUUUAAAAUCAAGAAUAAAUUCGGAUCAAUGGAAGAAGACGAAGAUUAAACCAAAUCGAAAUCUCUCAAGAAACUGAAUUUUGGUGGAAUAAAAGGAAAAAACGAAAAGAAAUUUUAAUUUUUUAAAGGAUAGUGGAAAAA